AUGGCGCACGAGAACGACCCCGCGCUCCGCGGCUGCCAGUUCUCGAGGUUUUUUGAAGUCACGCCGCAGGAGCGGAUGUCCAACAGAGCUCAUCGCCGGCGGACUCUACAAGGACCUGGCAAAAUCGUGCACCCCCGGCCGCCACCGCAGGGCGCGCGCCCCGUGUCGCUCGUCCUUCUGGCAAAGAGCCUAGGCGCUACCCCCGCUCGGUCGCGGGCGGACCUCCUCGUUUCGGGCAGCGUCGCUGAGGGCGGCACCAGCCUCGCGAAGCGCAGCUUUGGCGGCCUCAGCCGGGUGUUCGCCAAGAUGAGCAGCCGCAGCUCUGCGGAGGCGCGCGAGGUCUCUGGAGGCGAGGCGUCGUCGGUGCAGCAGGUCUGA